AUGGAUGUUAUUCCCGAUGACCUGUUCGCACCGAGCCACUUCUUCCCGCCAGUACUCAACUCCCAAAACACGACUAAACCAAGGUCGCGACGCCCAUGCGACCCUUGCCGUCGGCGCAAGUCGCGAUGCGAGAAACCGCACAGUGACCAGCCCUGUCUGCUCUGCAGCUUUCACCACCAGGAAUGCACAUUCAACGAGAACCCGCCGCCGCGGAAACGGAGAGCCGUAACGAUUGACAGCCUGGAGCCAAGCGAAAGUGUUCCGAACCCACCAUCACACUCGCCACACAGCCGGAGAAGCAGUACGGUGGCAUCUACAUCGCCUCAGGAAGCGCCUGUCAGAAUCCGGCAAGAUGCGCCCAUAGAUGACUAUGCAAACCUGCGCGGCCCCUCGCUGCUGAAAAAGACACUGGGCUUGCAGACAGGCAGACACAGCCGCCUGAUUGGGUCGACGUCAGAGUAUGAACAGCUGCUCCUUGCGCUCGAGCCGAGUCAAGUCACCAGUACGUCUGCCGGGCAAUCCUCGUUAAGACGAGUAGACGAUGUGGAUGCCACAACGUUUGUCUCACUACCGGACGUCGGUUCGCUCAACCACCACCAUGACAUCCCGGACCUGGACGCCAUAGAGAUGGCCGUCGCGCCUCACGGAUCCGCUUUGAUCCACCUCUAUUUCCGGAUUGUCCAUCCCAGCUUCCCAAUCCUGCACAAGAAAGUCUUCUUGGAGAAGUAUGCGCGCACACAUCGAGAGUUCUCGCCACCUCUCCUUGCUGCGGUAUAUCUGCUGGCUCUGGACUGGUGGUCGUAUUCGAGUGAGCUGGCGUCGUUGGAGAAGCCUGACGUAUCGCAUCUAGAGGCACUAGCCAUGAAGUCCUUUGGCAACAUUGUGCAUCGGCCGAAACUCUCCACGAUCCAAGCAGGUCUCCUGCUUCUCCAGCGGCACGAGGGCAACAGCUGGACCAUGACGACUCAGCUUGUCGGACUUGCUCAAGACAUGGGCCUCCACCUCGACUGCACCGAAUGGCACAUUCCCGCCUGGGAGCGUGGACUCCGGAAGCGCCUGGCGUGGGCUGUGUACAUGCAGGACAAAUGGGGCUCUCUGGUACACGGCAGACCCUCGCACAUCACCCCCACAGACUGGGACGCGCAGCCGCUCAACGAAGACGACUUUCCCGAGAACGCGGCGGACGAGGACGAUGAAGACGGGAGCACCGAGGUCGAAAAGGGGCGCGUCUUGUUCUGCUACAUGGUGGAGCUCACCAAGAUCCUCGCCAGCAUCCUCACCACGUUCUACUCGCUCAAGGCCGAACGCGAGUUUGCGACGGCGGGCGUGCGCUCGCUGCUCGACACUGCAAAGCCGCUGCAGCUUGCCCUGCGGCAGUGGUAUGCCGACAUGCCAUGGACGCUCAAGAUGCAGGACACUCCCGCGCGCAAGCUCUGCAGCGUAGGCUACGUGCAUCUGGGCUACUACGCCGUGGAAAUGACGUUACAUCGGCGCAUCAUCCGCUCUCUGUCGUCGGCAGAUGAGCCAGAGCUCCGCGUGAUCUGCCGUCAAGCAGCACAGACACGGCUUACGUCCGCCAUGAAGUUUGUCCAGUCGCUGCGGCCCGAGCACCACCAGUCCUUCUGGUACUCGGCUUCCACCUACAACUUUGUCCUCGUCGGCUCCUUUAUCUCGCUGCUGUGGGUGACGUCGGGCGACGAGAGAGAAGCUGCCGCGUACCGCAAGACGCUCGACGAGUACAAAUGGGUGCUGCGACUAUCGAGCAAGUCGGCAGAGUUCCUCGGGCGCGCCCUUGCGGCCCUCAAUACGUCGACCGUCACCCUGGUCAACAAGGUGGUUGAACGCUGUCCUGAUCCCUCCCACCCACUAUUGACCGCUCAUCACCUCAUGGCGAGACAUGGCGCUCCUGUGGCUGCGGAGCUAAUCCCUCGUCCUCCCCUCGACCCGGCUCCCACCACCAUCACCACACCUCCUGACUUGCUACUCGCUGCCGCCCCCGAAGCCCGUGACCCUACCGCUCGCCCUGCGCAUCCGCACAAAACCAGCAUCGAUGAGCACUCGUGGUUCCAAGCCCUGCGCGAAACUCACUUUGGGACCGCAUACGACCCCGACGCUCAAGACGCUUCUGCUUCUGACAUGGGUGAAAUGCAGAUCUCUCCAAGCCAAAAACUAUAUGUUUGA